GAUAGAAAAGCUUCCGAACUCACCGAAUCAGUCGAGCACUGACGCGCCUGGCGAGAGGUCGAGUUUGCGAUCUUUCGUUAGAAAAUUCACAAGAACUUAUCAAGAGACACGUUUAACUCCUUUUUGAAUAUUAUACCCGAUGCAUAUUAUAUAGACCGGGUCAAAUAUAUUAUAACUACCAUAUAGAUAUAAUAUAUUAAAUUGUAACAAGUAUUAAAUACAUCACUUGGGAUUAUUAAGAAGAGUAUCAGCAGUGCAGCCAGUGCAUAGAUAUACUUGGAUUACCUGUGUUGUGAUUUAUCCAGUGAAUUCAAGAUAUCCCUUGAAUUUUGUGACUAGUAAGAAAUUAUAAUGGUGACCGGGGUGGGUGCUACGAUGCCGACUGGCGGUGUCACGGUCGGCUCAACACCACCUGCACAACACGUGCCCCAGGAGGCUGGACAGCCCCCGGCACAGACAGCUACGAAUACUACGAGAAGAUCUGGGGAAAAUCGACGGAGCAAUAAGCCUAUAAUGGAAAAAAGGCGUCGCGCCCGUAUCAAUAACUGCCUGAAUGACCUGAAAACCCUGAUCUUGGACGCAAUGAAAAAAGACCCAGCAAGACAUUCCAAACUCGAGAAGGCCGACAUCCUCGAAAUGACCGUGAAGCAUCUCGAGACCCUACAGCGUCAACAGGUCGCGCUGGCCGCGGCAACCGACCCGAACGUUCUGAAUAAAUUCCGCGCCGGAUUCACGGAGUGCGCCGGUGAGGUUGGCAGGUUUCCCGGAUUGGAGGCGUCAGUGAAGCGUCGUCUGAUGGCCCACUUGGCAUCCUGCCUUGGACCGGUAGAGAACAACUCCGGGGCACAGUCUGGUCAACAGCCAGUGCAACCAGCACCACCCACGACUCAGCUCCAAGUGCAUAUACUACCCCAGGUGGACGCCACACCAAGAAUCCAGGUGCAACAGUCGAACGGGAUCUUCUUCACGAACGCAAACGGCACAGGACUUCAACUGGUUCCUACGAGGUUGCCUAAUGGCGACAUCGCCCUUGUCCUACCGGCUGGUGCCAAAGCAACACCAGUGGCUUCACCCUCCUCAUCGCCAGCACCAACAUCCCCUCUACCAACUCUCAUUCCAAUCCCCCAGAGAACGGCCAGUACCGCAUCGGCAUCUUCCUCGUCCUCGUCCACGUCAUCCACCUCCACCUCCGCGGCAAGUCCAGUUGCCUUCGAAGCGCCACCAGCCGCCUUCAGGGAGCAGAGUCCGGUGUACACGGGCAGUGCCAGUCACAGGGACGUCGCCACAUCCCCCGCCAAUGGGUACACCAGCGAUCCGGAGUUCGAUCCCCGUGUCUACAGUCCACCACUUCAGAAACCCCUGGCACUGGUCAUGAGGAAGAGCGUGGUACCCGAAGUGGAGGAGAAGCCCUGGAGGCCGUGGUAAAAGGAAACAAAGAAGUGGAGGAACGGAAUGGUCGAAGGAGAAAGGAAACUUAGGAGUCUAAAGAAAAGAAAAAUAAUGAAGGACGAUUUGCGGGAGGGAAUCCUGGUGUGAACUCUUUUUCUUUUCUUUUUACUGUCUUGAGCGUCGCCACUAUUUCUGGCACGGAGACAAUGCGGGACGAAGUUUCCAUGACUGAGGAGUCCAGAAAUGACGCGACGUUUUCGGCUCUUUUCCUCUUCGUUUUAUUUUCUCUUUGGGGAAGGAUGUUUGUAUGACCAGUGGCCAGUAGCCUAUGAGGCAGUGCCUUAUACAGUGCCUUUCACAUAUUCCUCGAUAUUUCCGAGCAUUAAUUGUACAUUUUACUUUUUUCUUUAACCGAAACACCGAUUUCUUUUAGAAUUAUCCUUGUCCCAAAUUUUUAUUGAGAUCCCUGUCGUACCUUUCCAUUUACCUCCUAUACCAUCCCCUUGUAUAUAAAACUAUAAGUAUAUAUUUUAAGUGCCUUACGCAACAAGAAUCACCGACGUCUUCCAUUCUGUUUCUUGUACGUAAAAACGCCAAGCAAUGUGCACAACGUUGCGACUAUAGAAACGUAAAUGCGUUUUUAAUUCAUUUCCGAUACGACCUAUCUCGUAAGUCUAGUUGUUAAGUACGUGAAUGUGAGAAAGCGAGAAUUAUUCGACAAAGAGAGAGAGAGAAAAAUAAUUUGAGAGAAAGAAAAACUGUGCGAAAGUAUGUUUUAUUUAUAUUUAUGAGUGCAAAAGAUUGAGUUUAUAAUUCCUGUCUAUUGUCAAGAUAGAAAAUCACGCUUACUACUAUAAGAGUGUCAAAUAAAUACUGAUCUCUUUAUUAAUAC